AUGGGCAUGACACACAAGCAGUACCUCUCUGGUCAACGCGUGUUUGGCUGUAGAGACUGCAAGACACACCUGACUACGAUCGAGAACCUCGUCAGCCGUGCGUUCAACGGCCAACAUGGUCGAGCCUAUCUGUUCGACCUUGUGACCAACAUCAGUCUAGGUGAACCUGAGGAUCGACACAUGACGACCGGCUUGCACACGGUGCGCGAUAUCAGUUGCAUCAAGUGCAAGACGACGCUCGGCUGGAAGUACGACCGCGCCUAUGUGGCCGCCGAGAAGUACAAGGAGGGCAAGUUUAUCCUCGAGAAGGAGCUCACCGUCGACGUGCACUGA